AUGUCAUCGAUUGAAACAUCAACUCUAAAAGUAGAAAUCGAUACGGAACGUGUUGUUCUUCGACCACAACGACCACCACCACCACCGCCAUCAUCAUCGGCACAAUCGGAAUCUUCUAGUUCAAUUGAACCAAAGAGAAGCUCUUCUGAAAUUGAGGCUACAACAUCAUUUACCAAAGCAUCUAAUGAAUUUAAUAGAGAAGAAAACGAUAGCCAUGCAUCAGUUUUAUUCGAAUUCAAAAAUUUAUUCGAUUCAUUUGAUUAUGAAACAAUUCGUAAUAAAAUUCUAAAUAGACAAAUGAUAACAUCACCAUUUACAACUGUUUUAUGGCGUAUUUUCUUACAUUGUUUACCAAGAGAUUCAAGUCAAUGGAGUCAAAUAAUUGAUGGGUCACGUGAUAAUUACAGUGAACUUGCAGAUAAAUAUCUUCUUGAUUUAGCUAAAAUACGCGAGCAUAAUGGUGAUGCAGAAAAUCGUAAUCAUCCACUUUCUCAGGAAGAUGAGAGCCUUUGGCAUCAAUAUUAUGUCUAUGAAGAACUUAAAGAAAAUAUUUAUCAAGAUGUUAUUCGAACUUGCCAAGAAAUAUCAUUUUUUCGACAAAAACAUGUCCUGAAUCUUUUACUCAAUGUUUUAUAUAUUCACAGUCGACAUCACGGGGAAUCGUUGCCUUAUCGACAAGGUAUGCAUGAAAUUCUCGCUGUUAUUCUCUAUUUGAUUCAUUUGGAAAGUACCACAGUCAAUGAAUAUUCAGAUUCAAAUGAAUUAAUGAAACAGCUUUAUGAUCCGAAAUAUCUUGCUCAUGAUGCUUUUGCAAUUUAUGAAAAAAUAAUGGAACAUCUGCAACCGUUUUAUGAUUUUAAACCAACUAAUAUAGUCACCCGUAAAAAUAUCAAUAUGAAUACUAGUAAAUAUUUACUAUUUCAACGCGUGAAUGAUUUACACAUUCAAAUGAAUGAUACUGUGAUGAGAGUAAACUCGAUUUUCGAACGAUUAAAAUACUACGAUUUACCACUGUAUGAUAAACUUCAAAAUUUAAAUAUUGAACCAACAGUUUAUGGAAUACGUUGGCUUCGACUGUUAUUUGGACGUGAGAUUCCAUUUGGUUCUAUUCCAGGUCUAUGGACAGUGAUAUUCUGUUAUGGUGAAUGUUUUGAAUUUGUUGAUUACUUUUUUCUUGCACUAUUAAUGGACAUUGGACAGAAAUUUCAAAAAAAUACAGGAUGUGAAUACAGUUGUUGUCUACAAUAUCUAAUGCAACCCAAUGUUGUGUCGGACGUCGAAAAUAUCAUUCAAAAUGCACUCAAUUUAGAAAAAAUUUCUAGAAAUAGCAAGGUUCGACGCAUUUCAUCGGCGUCGGAAUCAACAAACAAUCGCUCAUCUCUUUCAGAAAUGCCCAAGCCUACGUCACCUAUACAAAACUUUUCACAAAAUCCCCUAUUAGAUUCAACAAGAAAUAAUUCUACAAACAGAUUUGUUCCAUCAAUACAACUGUUUAAACCUGUCAAUUCUUACUCAGUAAAAGAUUCUGAAAUGCUUGUCUCCCCUGGGAAAGAAACACGUCAAAGAUUUGAUGAUAAUCUUCAGAUACAAAAAUAUUGUGCUCAAUUUAUGAAUAAAUUUAUAAAUCGAAUACAAACUCGUGUUUGCGAUUUACAACCUUUCAAUCAGGAAGAAGUACAAAUGCAACUGAAUGGUUUAAAAGAAAUUGCUAAUGUACUCGAAGACAAUUUAACGUUAGACGAUGAUUCUCUUCAAGCUCUUUUUAACUAUAAAUGUCAAGAAAAAUCGAUCGAACCUGAGACUGAUGAUAUUGAUUGA